GUUGUUCGAGCGCAACGCGGAGCUGUUGUCGCUCUUCGUUAAGUUCCGGGAACUCAAAACCCCGGACGAACAAGCCGAGUCUCUGGAGUUAGCGGAGCACGCGACUGUUGUCAUGAGCUCCAUCGACGAGGGCAUCCGCGCCAUGGACAACGUCGACUUCUUCUUCGACCUCCUGCACCAAAUUGGCGGCUCGCACGUCAAGAUACCUGGCUUUAAGAAGGAAUACUUCUGGAAAAUUGAGCGCCCGUUUUUGGAGGCUGUGCGGCUGACACUCGGCGAUCGCUACACCGAUAACAUGGACCAGAUUUACCAGCUCACCAUAAAGUUCGUGCUCGAGACGGUGGUGAAAGGAUACGAGAUGGCGGUUGAACGCGAAGUCAACGAGAACGUCCAACAACUCGACUUGAGUUCAGAGCCAGCAAUGAACAACGGCUCUGACGUUCCUGCACAGACUACAUCAGCGCAGAACGGCGCUAACUCGGCGGAGAGUUCGGCCGUACGUGCACAAGGAGACGCCGCCCCAGCUACGGCCGGAGGAGGGAAAUGUCCUGCUGUGUGUCCGUAUGUGUCCUCUGGGUCGCUAAGUCCCACGACGAGCUGAAGCGCCGCGCGUGCAUAUUUAUCCCUACUAAAGAUUAUUGAUUGAUCACCUAAGUUAUGGCCAUACACUGGCUUGAGGUGGGCCACCGAUAAUUUUUAAUAGGGGUAAAUUAUUUACUAUAGUUAUAAGUUGGAUAUUUUCGGCCCUUUAUGGCCAGACAAUGAUUGACCACUAAUAAUAUGUCUCCUGAAAGUUAAAGGUCAGUUAAAGAUGCCCAAUUCAGGAAACGAAGGGUGUGCUGAUUUUAUGGUCAAUUUUUGCACGAACAAAAGGCCAGCGAGAGGGAGAGCAAUGGUAUACAUUCUUCGUGCUGGCUCAUCAUGUACUGCGUCGGAAAAACAGUCACUUAUUCGCUAUUUAUUGAUUAAAUUUACAUUUUGUUUCUGAAAACAUUUAGGGCUUCAUGAUGCGCAAAUCAAAAUAUGCAGUAGGACUCAUAUAUUAAAUUAUACAUAUAUACAAAGGAAGGAAUUUGGUAUUUAAUGAGUGAGUGAGUUAAUCCAUUGCGUCAUGGCCAGAGAAAUAUUUUUACGGAACUUAUUUUUACAUGAGCGUAGUUAUGUAAAAAACAAAAUCUGAUUCCAAAUUACUUCCUAGUAAUACGUAUUAGCAUUGCAUCGCAUCUUGGAAUGAAAAGCCGUUUUUUAGUGUAAUUAUAUGACCACGUGAGGCUUGUUUGAGUUAAAAAGCACGUCGUGUAUAAGCGUGGGAUAUGCGAAGUCUUAGAAAGUGUGAAUUAGUUAUCAUCGUUACGGAGAAAAUAUUUCGCCAAAUUCAAAACGAUGCUUGCCUUUGAAACGCGUCAUAAAUUCCUUUCACUUUCUUUAAUGUUUCUUUGUUUGUCGGAAAAAGUUCUAUCAUAACGAGAAACAACAAGAAUUUAACUUAGAUUGUGAAAUUAGUCUUAAGUAAUCUAAAUUCGCUGUUCUAUUCAAUAAUGAUCGCUAAAACAUUAUUUAGAAUAAGAAUUUGUUCUCGUUGAGGUAACUAAGAAAACGUUGGUUAUGGGUUUGUCGUUCUUCUGGUUGGCUUUAAACGCGCCCCGCUAGAGAACUGCUGACGCCGGCAUCUGACCGGAGGAAAAAUUCUGGCAAUUAGCUGUGGUUUAUGCGCAGCCAGAGACAUAGAAUAGUCUAAAAUUGGAUCUAAACUUAUUAAGAGCAUGUAACCCAUGCAGUCACAUGGAGCUGUAAUUAGAUCAUCAUUAUGAAGAAUCUGGCAUUAGAGACGAUUUCAUGUGAAUUUACUACGUAGAAAAGUUUGCUAUCGGCGCCGGAACGGCUACUUCGAUUAAUGUUUGCAGAACUUCUAACAAUAACAAUCAAUCUUAAGGAGUUAAUAAUUUGGUCUUUUAAAUUCUAAACUGAAUUGCCCAUGCGAUUCAAAUUUUAGACGAGUUUACACUCGUGCAACUGUUACGAAUAGUAUUCUAUGAUGCAUUUUGUAUAUAAGGGCUGGAUAAGGAACAUUCAAAUCGAGCUGGAUAUAUUUACGAGUUAGAUUAGAUUUGGUGUACUGUCCUUUUCCUUUAGUCAACUCAAAUUUUGGACCAAAAAUGUCUUUUCUGUCAUUCACUUGACUGGUGCAAUGCUGUUUUCUUCAUCAUUACUGAGCUUGUCAAGUAUAAGCAGCACAAUUCAAAGCGUCACUGCUACUUUGGAAGAAUCGGAAUUCUGAAAAAUUGUCAAAAAAAGUACUCAGUGACUCGAGAUUCCAGCAGCUCUAAUUUACAUUAACGUCUCUUCUCCCAGGUUCGACCCUUGAUUCGGUAAAUUUUUACGGUGAUGUUUUUGUACAUCUUUGCAGUCUGGCGAUGAGAAGAAAGACUUAUAAAAAAUGUGUGUUGUUGAGAUGUCACUUGAAAAAAACAUGCUUAGGACUACUGAUAUUGUGGCCAGUGUUAUUUAAUAAUCUCUUAGUCGGAGAAAGACGAGACUGUUAGCGUAAGAUUAACUUGGCCGUAAUGCUGAGAACUUCCUAGUCGUCGUGACUUGCAGAUGUGGAUCGUUGGAUUUGACUUCACAACAGGUCUGCGAGAGCCUAAUUGUGGCCAUUAUUACCAUCUAUUUCAAAGGUCAUCCCGUUGAUGCAAUAUCCUUCAAUUUUCAUGGUAAUUAGUCAGAGGUGCAAUUAUUCAUUUCCUCAAGUUGGCUGUUGCACGAGAAAAUGAAUACUUAUUUUCUGAAACUCCCGACUGCCUUGCUGCCAUAUGUCAAAUUUUGUACGCCAAGUGAAACUUAUAGAAUGAAGUGAACUAGUUAUUAGUCAGCGUAGUUAUAGUAUAGUUACUUUAAACUUAGUGGCUGGGUGGUCUUGCUUAAGCUCUCGACUUGUAUCAGAGUGUACCAAUACACGAAAUUUUUUUCUUGGAAAACUUCUUUCUCAGCCGUUGUAACUCAUGAAAGAAAGAAGCGCACAUUUUUUUAAAUUAAAUUUCGAAUUUCUUGGUUGUUUAUGGCCUUGACUUACUGACGUUUGCCGUGCGAGUUCGAGCAUUUAUCUGAUACAUUGUUACCUAUUCCAUUAAAUAUUCCACAAUGUUUAACCGUCAUUUGAGGUCCUGGUUUAGUGGAUGGAAAUUUUGAACGUACCUUUCAUGGUGUUGAAUUAUCUUACCAUGUGGUUGAAAUUCUACGAGCUAGAAUAAUCAUUAGGAUGCGUGUCGCACCUCAACGAAGAUAUAUUCCUCUUCGGUGUUUUUCAUGACAAUAACGUAUGAUGAAUUUUAGUGGUGCAUGCAUGGCUGUUCCCACUGAGUUACUUCGGUGUUGAAUGUUCAAUAAAUUGAUUAAUUUCAAUGAAUACUCCUUCGUUUUGUCAUCACUGUUAUAUUUUUUUGCACGACCACACCGUUAGUCCAGCGGUCAGUACGUGUUUCGCUGCACGGCUGCAGGCGUGUCAAUUUGUUCUUGGAUGUAAAGAAAUCUUGUGCUUGAAAGCUUGACUUUCUCAUCGAGUAAUUGAAGCAAAGUUGCAAUUGUUUACCUAAAGAAUCAAGAUAUGCGAACUCUUAUCAAGCAGAAUAAAUAGCUUAAUUGAUACAGUAGCUCGAUACUCAACUUUCAAAGAUUUACGCAUCUGCGUCUCAAUACGCGUAACUCAUCAUAAAAUAUGCGAAGAACCAAAUAAAAAACUAGGUAUUCCAUAAAGUGUAUACGUAAUUUAUUUAUCUAUUCUUGAACUAUGUGUUAAAGACAGUCAUUGUCACAGAGAAUUAAUCUAAUUCAACACAUUCAAGAAAAUCAAUUUUACAUCUGAAAUUUUUAGGCAGCUUGUAUGAAGUCUUACGUUGCAAACAUGAAGAGUUCGAGUGCGUAUCUACAAUACAUGUUUUACCGGGAUGCCCCCGAGAUCUUCAAUUUUAGAUUUAAUUAUCAAAUUAUUCGACUCUUCUAACUUGGUUAAUCUGGAAACUUUGUUGAUCUGAAAUUGAAAUUGCGACUGCUUCUCUCUUGUAUUUUCCUGCAUUUGCAUGAAAUUGAAAUUAUUAUUUGACGCAGCUUAGGGAUUAUACCCAUAUAUAUACCACGGGUAGCUGGUUCACAGACUGGUGCUAAACAUCUUUCUAAUAUGUGACCAAAUAAUCAAAUAAAAUCCGCAUCAGCCUCUUAAUUGCCACGUAAGCCAAUAGUUGUAUUUAUUAGGUCCCGAUUUCAACGAAUUAAGUCAUACUUAUUCAUCAUUUGGGAGCUGGAUUGCUAUGAUUUGCAACUCUGCAUGUCCCUUACUCCUUGCACCUCAUUUUUAUGGAACAAACGCAGAAUUACUGAAUUAUUUCUCAAUUAAAUGUGUUAAAAUACAAAAUUUAAUUGAG